CAGUAGUAGCCGUGCCAGGUAGUUUUUGUUAUUGUUUCCUGCAGCAGCUGCUUGAUCCUAUUUCCACUGACAACUCAUCGUGGAGAUGUGGUGCGUCACAUUACCGAUUAGAUUAAACUCGUCCCGAGUUGACAUAUAUUAAUCCCACGGCGACACAUUGUUUGUGACAAUUCUCUCUCUCACACGGCUAACUAGCUGGCUGGCUAGCUGCUAGUACAGCAGCGAUGGAGUGGCGGAGCAACAACGACGGGCUGUCGGACAGCGAGUCCCCUGAAACGGACACAUGCUGCUCCCACCAGCAAACAUCAUCAACACAGCUCUGUGGUUGUGGCGAGGCAUCCAUUUGCCAGAACCAACAGCAGGGUUGCUCAACGACCUCAAUGGUGUCCAGCUGGAUGCUGGCCGAAGCCCAGGACCGCCUGUGUGGCUUAAAGUUCCACUGCUCCGAGUCCCUGGAGCAGGAACAUGCUCGGACUCGGGCGAGCCCCACACAGCUAACGCAGACCGAGGAGGAGUGGCGCCGCAAGGAGAGCAUGCUGGGGGGUCAGGGGCCCAGUCAAGGACCUGUGCUUGGUGCUGAUGGAAGUUGGGAUGUUUUUGAUAAGAGUAUCAUCAACGUCCAGAAUGAACCAGAAGAAGCAGAAGAAUGCAAGGAAUCUAUCCACAAGUCUGAGCAAGACCUCAGGCACUUUGGUAUGUUACGGCGAUGGGAUGACAGUCAGCGAUUCCUGGCAGAGAAGCCUCAACUCAUUUGUGAUGAGACGGCCAACUAUCUAUUUUUAUGGUGCAUCACGCUCCAGCAAGAAGGGAAGGAAGCGCUAAUGGAGCAGGUGGCUCAUCAAGCUGUAGCCAUGCAGUUCAUCCUGGAGAUGGCAACAAACUCUCAGCAGGACCCCAGAGGCUGUUUCAGGCAGUUUUUCCAAAAAGCCAAAGAAGGACAAGGCGUCUAUUUGGAAGUCUUCCACACUGAGCUUGAGGCCUUCAAAUACAGAGUCAGAGAAUAUGUGGUCCGGUGUAAAAGCAUCACAUCCAGCAACACAACACAACAGCCGUGCAAUGGCACAAAUUGCAGACUCAACCCCAAAGAAGCUCAGUGCUCUUUAACUCAAGUGGAGGAGUACGCUUCCAAGCGUUGUUUAGAAGCUGGAGUGUUGAUAAGCACAGGAAGGUGGACAAAGGACGACGUCACAGAAAGUGAUGAUAUACGCAUGAUGGAGACCUCUUAGGAAACUUGGCUGCCUUUCUUCCAUCUUCACCUUCUCCACAUUUAGGAACACCUUGACUUUUUAAGCCCUUCUUAAUGACACCGGAGCCCAACAGGAAUAAAGGCGAGCACUAUUAGUCAUUUUUCACAUCUCGAAUGGCCUCUUAUACCGUCAUUCAUCAUCAGACAAACAAGAGGUGAGUGCUGUGCUAAAAUGAUGAUCUGGGUCCUCUUUAAAGCCUUUAAGUCUUCUUGAAAAGUGACAAAACUUUCAAAUGUCAACUAUAAAACGCAUGGAACUAAAUUGAUAAGGUCAAACAUAUCCAUCAAAUUCAAUCUGCAUUGAAUGUAUCGUGUUCGAGCUGUCAUUCUGCCUCAUGGGCAAAUCCAACAGCUUUUAAAUGGGCUUGAAAAUGUUAAAUAAUCACAUACAGUGGUGCCUUGAAAUUCGAGUGACCCGACUUACAAGUUUUUCGAGAUACAAGCCAUCAUUUGGACAAUUUUUUUGCUUUGAUUUGUGAGUGCAAACUUGAGACACGAGCGCUGCAUGGGGGCAGCGAACUGAGUUCAACUUAACAAUAAGCAGCAGUUCGGCAAAUAGUGAACAAUUUAUCAAAAAAAGGCUUCAAGCUGUUUAAUGCCACUUUCAGCUGAAUUUUACUGUUAAACUAAACAAAGGGAAUUACACAUUUUGUUUUUAAAACAAACUCAGUUUUGCCUUAGCUAAAGCCCCCUUAGCUUAAUGCUAACAAACAAUGUAAAACACUUUUGACAUACUAACGGUUAGCAUUGAUAUUUGUGCUUUAAGAAGCAACGGAUGUUUGAACACACAUGGAGCAGCACAUGACAGAUAAUAUAACAAGACUCUCAGGAAUAUUUGUUAUGUCUAUGAAAAUGUACUAAUAUUACAGCAUUUAACCCAAACAACAAUACUAGUAGAAGUACAAUACUUUUUUGUAUCUGCAGGACAAGUAUACUGCAUCCCGGUGGCAAAGCAGGGCAUACAAGAGGGAGCAGCAAAAUGAAUUGAAUUGCAGCAUUAAAUUCAAUGCACAAACUGUUAAUUCCUUACAUUAUCUUUAUGUUAUUACUCUUUUUAUAUAGUACAAUAUAGAAAUCUGGUUUCCUUAUUAAAAAAAACUUUUUUUGGGGGGGAGGCUGGAACGAAUUAAUGUAAUUUCCAUUCAUUUCAAUGGGGAAGUAUGAUUUGCAAUAUGUGGGUUGUGGUCAGGUAAUGAAUUAAACUCAUCUCUUAAGGCACCACUGUACAAUGUAACCACAGCCUGCACAAAUCCAUUAUAGAUCGUCUUGGCAUACGACUCAAAUAAUGGACCUAAUGUUAGGUGUUGAAAUAAUAAAUUCCUGAAUACUGGAUUUAGCCUAUGAGUCAGAAUUUAGAAUUUAAUAGUAUUUGACUGCAUUUUGAGGGGUCAGGCCAAUCCAAAUUGAGGAUCAAAGCAAUACUGUAUUUCCUCAUAGUGAGUGGCCAUCCAUUUGGUGAGCAGAGAAGACGUUUAUCAGAGGGGAGGCCUUCAUUUGUACAAAAAUAUAAUUUGUGUAAAGUGUAUCACAUAUUUGCCACAUAUACAUAAUUGUAACUAAAUAAAAUGUAAUUUGAGUAAAAUAAUGGUGUUUAAAUUGGAGGACUUUUUUUUUCCACAAAUGGAGGCACUUAAAGGAGACGACAUUAAAAAAUGUUUUCACAAUUUAACAUUUCCAGGUGUUUUAAUAAUAUGUCUCUGACACACUUUUGCCAAAAUACAAUAAGAUCUAGAAUUAUAGGACACUUUACACAUGUUACUUCUUGCCUUGUUCAAAUGAGCCUGUUUGAAAGCGAGAGCCCGUUGAUUAAUCAGGGUGUGGCAUCUGUUACAGCAGAGGCCACUGUUUGAGGAGGUACAAAUGUGGGUAGCGGUUUCUCACAUGCUCCAUCCAAAUAGAUGGAAGCGGCAAAUUAAGUUGAGCAAAGAGGAUUUUCAUUUUUCCAUCAAAUUCAAAUGUAGAGCGGUUAGAUGCCAAUGAAUGUACGUGCUGAACACCACCAGAACUUGUCUGUCUCAUUCUGGUGUGCAGCAAAGUUUGUUAGUGCGGAUGCUAACGCAACAUGCAAGGUGUCCAUGUUGAUGUCCUAUGUAGACCAGUGUUUCCCAACCGUUCUUAGGCCAAUGCACAUUUUUUUACAUGACAAAAAUCUCAAGGCACAGCACAGACAAAAAAUGUCACAAAAAGUACUUUGUGUGUAUAUCCUUUGGACACAAGGAUAUUAUUCUGUUGAAUGAAUGGCAAGAAAUGGAUAUACAGGUUAGUUAUUUGUACCUUCUGCCACCAAAUGUAAAAGAGCAUUUAAUUGUUUUGUCUGUUAAUAUAUGUUGCUGGCAGAGAUAGAUGGACAAAUAUACAUUAUCUGUAAUAAAUAAUUAAUUUUUAGACCAAUUAAAUGAAAUUAGAUAAUUUCCUAAGGGACACCUGAUUAUUUCUCACUGCACACUGGUUGGGAAUCACUGGAAUAGACGAUACAAAAGAAGUGUAGCAUCGCAAAGCUAAGUUUGAUGCUGUUAUUUGAAUGCAUGUUGCUUGAAUUCUUCGUUUGUUAUUAGCAGUACAAGCUGUUUAGUUAAUGUUUUUAUUCCAACAUCUCCAGUUGACUUUUGACAUUGAGGGGAAAGGUGCAGAGAUGUUCAGGGCUCAGGUCUUUGGCUCAGGUCUGUUUGUUUUUGUAUGCAGAAAGGAGCUCUUUGCAUCUGAAUGUGUGCUGCACUUUAUAUUUGACUUUUUUUUUUUUUAAAUCACACUUUAAUUUUUUAGUUGAAGUCCUAAAGAUGGAGAAUUCUGAACUUUUUUUUUUUUUUACAAGCAGGUUUGUGAUAAGCUUUUCAUUUGAACUGUGUGAACGUUUUUUUUUGUUAUUUUCAGAUUUGAAUGACUGACUUUGGUCAGUUUGCCAGUUUGCUCAGGCUUCCAGCUAUCUAUAUCCUAGAUAUAAAUUAAAGAGAAUAAAUAUCAGUGCGUUUCUGAUGCAGUGUGGAAUUAAAUAGACCAGAUGAUGAAUUAAAUUCUAUUAAAAAAAAGUCCUGCAUUGUGGAUUUUUAUCCUUAUACUGUGGGAAAGUAAAAUGCUUAUAAUUUUAUAUCCAUUCACUUUUAAUAGCACUUGUCCACAUUAGCGCCUAUCCCAGCGGACGUGAUGAGACGGCUUAUUCUAAAGCUGAUUUGAGUAUAGUUUUCUUGAGUACAAAAAUGUACAUAGACUAUCUCAUAAUGACUAAGUAAAAACAUAUUUUCAGACAUUUGUGUAAAUUUAUAAAACAUUUAAACGUUCAAACAUAAUGGGUACAUAAGUACAGACCCUUUCCAUAAAAUUUUAAUGUCAUGGAAAUGUUUAUUCAUUUCCAUAAUUCCAUUCAAAAAGUAAAACUUUAAUAGAUUAUAGAUUCAGGGCCCACAAUUUAAACAAUUUCAAGUAUUUGUUUAUUUUUACAUAAUUUGAGCUACCAGCUCAUAAAACUCACGAAAUCAGGAAUUCAACAAAUUUUAAUAUUGUGAAGAAAUCACCAUGUACUUCUCAGUUUUUGUAACCAAAAAAAUAAUAAUGAAAAGAGAGAAAUUAGGGUCACAUUAAAUGAAUAAAAAUAUGGUACUUUCAAAACGAUAUGUUAAUCUUCAGUACUUGGUUGGGAAUCUUUUGUUUUAAUCACUGCCUCGAUGCGCCGUGGCAUUGAGGCAGUCAGCCUGUGGCAUUGCCUGGGAGUUAUGGAAGCCCAGAUUUCCUUGAUGCUUGCAGUCAUUUCUUCUUUGUUUUUGGGUCUGCUGCCCCUUAUUUUCCUCUAGAUAAUACCCCAUAGAUUCUCAAUGGGGUUUAGAUCCAGCGAGUUGGCUGGUUUUGGUGCUUCUGGCAGUAUGGGCAGGAGCCAGGUCCUGCUGGAAGAUGAAAUCUGUAUCUCCAUACAGAUCCUCAGCAGAAGGAAUCAUGAAGUCCUCUAAAACAUUCUGCAAGACUGUUGCAGUGACCUUGGAUUUAAGAAAGCAGAGUUUACCAACACCUGCACUGGACAUUGCACCCCAAAUCAUGACUGACUGUGGCUAUUUCACACUGGACCUCAAGCACCUUGGGUUCUGUUCUUCACCCGUGUUCCUCCAAACCGUUGGACCUUGAUUCCCAAAUGAAAGGCACACUUUACUUUCAUCAGAAAAGAGGACCUUGGACCACUGGCCUAUAGUCCAGUCCUUCUCCUUGGCCCAGUUGAGACGCUUCCCACGUUGGCUCAGGCUCAGAAGUGAUUUGACCUGAGGAACCCGACAGUUGUAGCCCAUCUCCCUUUUUGAACCUGUGACUCCCGCCUCAUUCCACUGUUUCUGGAUCUCUGCUAGAUUCUUGAAUCUUCUCUGUUCGCUUCGCUGAACCCCAGCCUCCUUAGUUAUGAACCUUUGUGGCUUAGUCAUCCGAUAGAGUGCAUCAAUGGUCUUCUGGCCAGUUGCCAAGUCUGGAGUCUUCCCCAUAUUGAACCCAACUGAGACAAUUGAACCAAACUGAAGCAAUUUAAUGACACCUGGGGAAACCUGUGUGAGUGCUUUGAGUUUAGUAGAUUAUUAGGAGGUGACACUAAGUUUAAAACAUUUAUGGCCUGCAAAAUUUGGGCUGAUUUCUUCACAGUAUUCUAAUUUUUUGAAUUCCUAAUUUUGUGGGUUUUAUGAGCUGAAAGCCCAAAUUAUGUAAAAGUAAAAAAAUAAAUUGUUUAAAUUGUGAGCCCUGCAGUCUGUAAUCUAUGAAAGUUUUUGAAUGGCGGUAUGGAAAUAACUAAACUUUUCCAUGAUAUUGUAAUUUUUGGGAAAGGGUCUGUAUUCACACCCUUUGCUAUGACAGAAACAAAAUUCUCUGGUCUGAUGAAACCAAAAUAGAACAUUUUGGUCUGAAUUGCAAGCGUCAUAUCUGGAGAAGAAAAGGGACUCCUCAUCACCUGGCUAACACCAUCCCUACUGUGAAGCAUGGUGGUGGUAGCAUCAUGCUGUGGGGCUGCUUUUCUGAUGCAGGAACUGGGUGACUAGUCCGCAUAGAGUGUAAGAUGACAGCUGCCAAAUACAGAGAAAUUAUUGAAGAGAACUUGCUCCAGAGUACGCUGGAACUCAGACAAAGGUGUCGAUUUACCUUCCAACAUGACAAUGACCCAAAGCACACAGCCAAGAUAAAAGGAGUGGCUUCAGGAACAGCCUGUGACUGUCCCCGAGUGGCCCAGCCAGAGAGGGGACUUGAAUCCAAUCAAACAUCUCUGGAAAGACCCAAAAAAUGGCUGUCCACCGAUGCUGCCCAUCCAACCUGACUGACCUUGAGAGGAUCUGCAGAGAAAAAUGGGACAAAAUGCCCCAAAACAAGUGUGCCAAGCUUGUAGAGAGAUACCCAAGAAGACUUGAGGCUGUGAUUGCUGCCAAAAGUGCUUCAACAAAAUAUUAAGUCACGGGUGUGAAUACUUAUGUUG